AUGGUAGUUAGAUCACUUGAUGUAAAUAAUGAUCCAUUUCGUCCUCGGGGAAGUAAUGAGGACAUCCUUGGUCCUGAAAUACCAUAUCUAAGUGCAAUAGGAGCAUUGAUGUACCUUGCUAGUCAUACACGGCCUGACAUAUCAUUUUCUAUUAAUUUAUUAGCAAGGUUUAGCUCAUGCCCUACCCGAAGGCAUUGGAAUGGAAUUAAGCACAUAUUUCGUUACCCCAUCAAAGGUAAGGACUUAUUCUUUUCUCUACUCAAAGAAGCAAUGAUUGGUUUUGCAGAUGCAGGGUAUUUAUCUGAUCCUCACAAUGCUCGAUCACAAACUGGAUAUGUGUUUACACAUGGUGGUACUGCCAUCUCCUGGCGCUCAAUGAAGCAAACCAUUGUAGCCACUUCUUCCAACCAUGUAGAAAUACUAGCAAUUCAUGAGGCUAGUCGUGAAUGUGUGUGGUUAAGAUCUCUAAUCCAGCAUAUACAAGAAGAUUGUGGGCUAGAGAGGUUGACUCCAACAAUUUUGUAUGAGGACAAUGCAGCAUGUAUUGCACAGCUCUCGAAAGGAUACAUCAAAGGCGAUAGGACAAAACAUAUCUUACCAAAAUUCUUCUUCACUUAUGAACUCCAGAAAAGUGGCGAUAUUGAUGUUCAACAAGUUUGUUCAAGUGAAAAUUUGGCAGAUCUAUUUACUAAGGCACUUCCAACCGCUACUUUUAAGAGGUUGGUUCGACAAAUUGGAAUGCGUUCUCUUAGAGAACUUCACUGA